UCAGCCCUUCCGGACACCGCGCGACUCGAGCGAGCGCAUCUGCGGCCGGCUGAACGCCGCACGGACACUUGUGUCUGUCUACCGUUCAUAUCAAUUCACACUGUCCUGCCUGAUCCACGUCUGUCACUGAUAGAAAUUCAUAAAGGAAGAUGGUGUGUAUGGAAAGCUGAUGUGAGGAUCUGAAGCUCUGUUUCCAGGGUGAUGAGCUGUGUGCUUUAAAAAUAUUGAAUAUUAUGGGCUGUGCUUGCUGUAAGCAGAGGAAGGCCAGUAAAGCUGUGUCGAAUCCCAACUCGUGUGACACAGGCAAUGGGACCCAGGCAUCAGAACCCUCCCGUUACAUCAUCGAUCCCACUUUUAACUCUGGGAUGAUCCCAAACUUUAAUGAUUUUCCAAACUCUGCUCCCUCAUCCACUCUCAACCCGUCCCGCCCAGCCCCCAUCACAGGAGGUGGUGUAACGCUCUUUAUAGCCCUUUAUGACUAUGAUGCCCGUACAGAGGAUGACCUGAGUUUCCAGAAAGGAGAAAAGUUCCAUAUUAUCAACAAUACCGAGGGUGACUGGUGGGAGGCUCGUUCUCUGGACACAGGGAAGUCUGGGUACAUUCCUAGUAACUAUGUGGCCCCUGUGGACUCCAUACAAGCUGAGGAGUGGUAUUUUGGGAAGAUGGGCCGGAAGGAUGCAGAACGACAGUUGUUAGCGCAGAACAAUCCUAGAGGGACAUUCUUAAUACGAGAGAGCGAGACAACAAAAGGAGCAUACUCUUUGUCUAUCAGAGACUGGGAUGAUGCAAAGGGCGAUCAUGUCAAGCAUUAUAAAAUUAGGAAGCUGGACAAUGGUGGUUAUUACAUCACAACAAGGACACAGUUUGAUACCGUCCAGGAGCUGGUGGAGCAUUAUACAGAGCGUGCAGCAGGGCUGUGCUGCCGUUUGAUUGGCAGCUGUAGGCGGGGCAUGCCUAAGCUGGCUGACCUGUCAGUGAAGACAAAGGAUGUUUGGGAGAUUCCCAGGGAGUCACUUCAGCUCAUUAAGAAACUGGGCAAUGGCCAGUUUGGUGAAGUGUGGAUGGGCAUGUGGAAUGGCACAACUAAAGUUGCAGUGAAGACCCUGAAGCCAGGCACCAUGUCUCCAGAGGCCUUCCUGGAUGAGGCCCAGAUCAUGAAGAGGCUCCGUCAUGAUAAACUGGUACAGCUGUAUGCUGUGGUGUCUGAGGAGCCCAUCUACAUCAUCACUGAGUUCAUGAGUCAAGGAAGCUUGUUGGACUUCUUGAAAGAUGGAGAUGGCAGAAAUCUAAAAUUGCCUCAACUUGUGGAUAUGGCAGCCCAGAUUGCUGCAGGCAUGGCCUAUAUUGAACGGAUGAACUACAUCCACAGAGACCUGCGAGCUGCCAAUAUCCUGGUUGGAGAAGGUCUGGUCUGUAAGAUUGCAGACUUUGGGCUGGCUAGACUCAUCGAGGACAAUGAGUACACAGCUAGACAAGGAGCAAAGUUUCCGAUAAAGUGGACUGCCCCAGAGGCUGCUCUUUAUGGUAAAUUUACCAUCAAAUCAGAUGUGUGGUCUUUUGGUAUUCUGUUGACUGAGCUCAUCACCAAGGGCAGAGUGCCUUACCCAGGGAUGAACAACAGAGAGGUUUUGGAGCAGGUGGAGCGUGGAUAUCGAAUGCCGUGUCCGCAGGGCUGCCCAUCAUCUCUGCAUGAGUUGAUGCUGCAGUGCUGGCGGAAGGAUCCUGAUGAGAGGCACACCUUUGAGUACCUGCAGAGCUUCCUGGAGGACUACUUUACUGCUACUGAACCCCAGUACCAGCCUGGAGAAAACCUGUGAUAGACGCAUAUACACCUAAGUGCAUUAGCUCAAUAUAUCCUUCAGGAAAGAUGCAAUUGCCUUUACUUUCUAUCACAAUACCUCCAUAAACUGAUUUUGAUCCAUGGCCCUGCAAUCACAAGCUCCAAAUGAGCAUGCUUUAGUCCAGUUUCUCAUUCCGUGCUUUAACUU